AUCAUAAUAGGUUAUUGUUUUAAUCAUCAUACACGUUCAGCAUAGCAUUCUAAAGAUAUAGGCUGGGGAAAAAAAGGAUGACUAAGGAAUAGUGUUGCACGCUUGGUGUGUUCCAGAUACUAUUUUAUGCAAAGUGUUUCAUGUGGGCCAUGUCAUAAGCCCCACAGGAUCCCUAUGAGGCCAAGGAAGCCCUCGAAAAUACUGAAGUUCCUGUUGGCUGCCUUAUGGUCUACAACAAUGAAGUCGUGGGGAAGGGAAGAAAUGAAGUUAACCAAACCAAAAAUGCUACUCGACAUGCAGAAAUGGUGGCCAUCGAUCAGGUCCUCGAUUGGUGUGGUCGAAGUGGCAAGAAUUCGUCUGAAGUGUUUGAACACACUGUGUUGUACGUCACUGUGGAGCCAUGCAUUAUGUGUGCAGCUGCUCUCCGCCUGAUGAAAAUCCCACUGGUUGUAUAUGGAUGUCAGAAUGAACGAUUUGGUGGUUGUGGUUCUGUUCUAAAUAUUGCCUCUGCUGACUUACCAAAUACUGGGAGACCAUUUCAGUGUAUCCCUGGAUAUCGGGCUGAGGAAGCAGUGGAAAUGCUGAAGACCUUCUACAAACAAGAAAAUCCAAAUGCACCAAAAUCCAAAGUUCGGAAAAAGGAGUGUCAGAAAUCUUGAACUUGUUCUGAUGAAAGAACCAAGUGACCCAAAGUGACCUGGAGAAGAUUCCGAGAUUGAGAGUUGUUGACAUCGUUGAAUCAUAUGUUUAUAUAUUGUUUUUAAUCUGUGGGAAAAUGGUGUCUCUCAUCAUUUGCUCUGUUAAGGGAAAAAAUUAGCACUUUUUAGAAGCCUGACAAUUGUAAACAAUUAUUAGCUUUUCCACAAGCUGAUUCCCAUCUUAGGAUGGGGGAAAGUUAAGGUUUGAGGUUUUAGAAAUUAGCAAGUAGUAUGUUCCCUUCUAGCCACAACAUUAUACCUGGCCCAGGCAAGUGCUGAUUUUUAGAGAAUGUGUGGCCAGACCCGUGUGUCUGGACUGCAAUGUGCCACCCUGAGAACACCUCCAGGACUGGCAUUUCACAGUCAGAGUUAACAUUUUUUGCAGUUACUGUGUUCUUGCAGGGCACUGGGGGCUGUGACUUCUCUCUAAAUUGUAUACGAGUUGUGUAUACAUAGACCAUAGUUAUAUGAUCCCUAGAAAAGACUUUGCUUUUAUAAAGCAUUUAGAGAAAAUGCAUACUUUUAAAACAAGUGCUUGAGUUGUCUUUUAAAAAUUGUAGCAUAUUGCUAUAAUAAAACCUUAUUUAUGUCUUCUUUGAAGAUGAAUAGUCUUAACAGAAUAAAGACAUACAUGGGAGGAUGGUUAUUGAGCAAAAAAACAAAUGAUCCCGCCCUCAUAGAGCUGAUAUUCUAGCAAGGGGAGAUGGAUAUAAUAGAUUACACAGCUUAUUGGAGGACAGUAAGAGUUACGGCAAAAAGCAAAAGGAACAAAGGGCAAAGGGGAUAGAUGUGCCAGUUUGGUGGUGAGAAUGCUGGCUGAAAAACAGAAUGGUCAAUUUACUCUGAAACCAAAUAAAUAUGUCUUUAAAAAUCCAUAUAAUAAAUUUAAAAUUUGAAAUCUAAAAUGUAAAACUCUGAACACACCACUGGAAAGGGUAUCCACAGCAGAAGUCCCCUGUUCACCUCCCUGACUGCAGGGCAGCGUUGCACAGCUCCAUUGGGCGUACUGUGUGCCUCUGCCCAGAAGGGGGCCUCGCCGUUCCACCAGAAGCCCAGCUCCAGCCUCUGGAGGGGCUGCUGCUCCUCUGUUGCAUUUCUUCCAUAGAUUCAUUUCCUUGAUGCAAAGCAUCUGUAUUUGUUGGUUGUGCCAUUUGAGCGAUGUCUCUGACUUGUUUGUUUUGAAUUACAUUACAGGCUGGAAUGUAAUUGUGGUGAAAGUAUUUUUACAUUGCUGAGAGUAGCAGCUAAUCACAGUUACAUGCUUCAGAGGAUUUAUAAUUGCUUGGUUUUGUGUGUGUGUCUUUUUAACUGCAUGUGAGAAGUUUUAUGGAGAAGAAUAUGCAUGAUUUUAAAUCUACAAUAAUAUUACAUGCACCUUCAAUUUCAUCCACUUUAAAAAUUAUCUUCUCAUUAAAUUUGAGUGCUUUGACUAGUUUGUUCCUUUUUGCAGUUGAUCGUAAUUUAUUUCUGGCUUCUUUUGCUUUUCUGUAAGCAGAUUUCAUUGCACUUAUUGUGUUCAUGUCAUUUUCUUGGAGAUUAUUUGUAGGACAACCAAUCUGAAGUCUUGCCUCUGUAGAGUACCACCCAGUAAGUCUGGCUGAACAUCUUAUGUCCAGUAGAUUCGUGGUAAACAUUUGCUAAAUGAAAUUACUGAUUGAAAUUUGGGGAAAAGUGAAUAAUAAGACUAUCUAGGGCAAAAAGCCAAAGCUGAAAAUAGUCUAUGAGUAUUCUAGCCCAGAGAUGAUUGCUACUAAAAGAAUCAAGGAAAUUAUAAAAUGAUAAACGGGGAAGAAUAGAAAAGACUUAACAAUAUACAUAUGUUCUGUCUUUGCUAUUUUGGAGAAUGGUGGAUAAGUGGUGUUUCCUGAACAAUUUAAUUGUGGUUUACCAUCUUUUUGGUUCCCUCCCUAGUGACUGACUUAUCAAAAAGUCUAUCCUGAAUUUUUGCACUGGAGCAUAGUUCCCUCUAUCACUUUGGGGGAAAAUCAGUAAUAUGGCAUACUGCAGAUCAGAGGGCAGGACCAUUGAGGGUGCCAUAGACAUUAUCUCUGUGGAAUUACAAUUUCCAAGUGAUGAUGAGAAAUUAUGGAUAUAUGAUGAGCUCAUCCAGCUUCCUGAGUACCACAUUCCCCAGCUACUUAGACAUGGAUUAAAAUAUUAAGAUGUCCUAGUUCAAAAGCUUGAAUUCAAUUGAUUGAUGCUGAUAGUGCCUGUCCAAGAGACCAGCUGAAAGACUUACUUUGUAUAUGAAAUAGUUCUGAAAGUUGUGAGAUACAAAAUGGUUUUACAAUUACUGCCCUGUUUAGCAAAAUCCGGGGAAAUGAUUACAUUUAGAAGCUGCUAGAGUUAUCCAAUGUUUGCUGGUCUUGCAACAAACUAUGGAGAAUGAGUGGUAUGUAAUGCCUUGGCAGGCUUCAAUCACUGAUAAAAGAUCAUGUUAAAAUAUCUUUGUGCUUUCUUGUUACUUGGCAUAGCCAUCUCAUCCUGUGUUGUAUUUGGAAUAUCACAGAGAGAAAAUAGAUGGCCAAGAACUUCAGUGUAGGCAAGAACUCUUAAUUUUUCUUUAACCUUUUUGUUGGGAAAGUUUACAUAUAAACUUUCCCAACAAAAAGGUUAAAGAAAAAUUAAGAAAAGAAAAUAGAUGCCUUUUACCCCAAAAUGCUUCAGUAUUUCAUAAGCAUUGGAUAUUUUCUUAUAUAAUCACAAUACAGUUAUUAAGUAAAUUUAACAUUGAUAUACUCAAAUUCAUCAUUUGUAUUCCAGUUCUAGCAGCUGAACAAAUAAUGUCCUUUAAAGAAGUUUUCCCACUGCCCUACAAUCCCAGAUGUGGUCUAGAGUCCAGUGUUACAUUUUCUUGAAUCCAUCUUCCUUUUUUUUGGAGAUAGGUCUCACUCUGUCACCUGGUGGCAUGAUCACAGCUCACUGCAGCCUCAACUUGGCUCAAGCAAUCCUCCCUCCUUAGCCUCCUGAGUAGCCGGGACCACAGACUCAUGUCACCACACCUAAACUUCUUUUUUUUUUUUGUAGAGACAGAGUCUCCCUAUGUUACCCAGGCUGAUCUCAAACUCCUAGGCUGAAGGGAUCCUCCUACCUUGGUCUCCCAAAGUGCUGGGAUUAUGGGCAUGAGCCACUGCACCUGGCUGCCUUUAGCUUCUUUUCAUCUGGAACAUUUCCAUGGGCUUUCUUUGUCUUUUGUGAAUUGCCAUUUUUAAAUAAUACAGUCAUUUUGCCUCCUCUACAUUUUCUUCUCUUUUUUAAAUAAUAGAAUGGUCCUUGUUUUAAAUAUAUUUGGUGUUUUCUCAUGAUUAGAUUCAGGUCGUACAUUCUGGGUGAUGUUAAGUUCCUCAUGGGAUAUCACAUCUGAAGGCACAAAAAGGCCAUCACACAAAGGUGAUGUCAAUUUUGGUCAUCUGGUCAAGGUGUGUUUCUAUUUCUUAACUAUAUAAUUAGUUUUUUCUCUGUUGCAAUGAUUAAGCAGUCUGUGGGAAGAGGAGCCGUUACGUUUUAAACAGAAAUGUAUUUGACACUGAUGGAAAGGAGAGGAGGAAAAUUAAUGACAUAAAUUUCAAAGCAGCUAUUAAAUUAUUUGAUUGCAUUCCUCCUCUUUUACUAUGUCUGCCAAAAUUGAUAAAAAUUUUUCUAAUAAGAAUAUUUUAAAUAAUGUCUUAAGCAUUAGAAUUAAGCCUGAGAAAUAAAUCCUUUCCUUCCUAACUUCCUCCUCAGCAAAAGUAAUAAUUAUAUAAAUUUCAUUAAGCCUGAUAAGAUAGGGUUUUGAAAAAAUAGACUUCAGAUGUUUCUGAUAUUGCAGAUGACCUGUGGUGAUCCAAUGGGAUAAAGACUCUAGGUAGGUUGUUGUUUGGCCAUAAAAUAUGAGUUGUCUUGGGUUUCCAUAGAGACAUCUAGUCUUAAAAUGUUGUAAGCACUGCUACUUUCAAAACGUCAGUAAAAAUAGCACAAGCCAAAGCUCUUGAAAAAAUUACGUAAAUCUUUUUUAAAAGUAGUAUAGUGCCUUGUUAAAAAUCUGUGAUGAAGCCAAAGCUUGUCUUUCCCAGUGGUCCUACAUUAACUGGACUUGACUGGCCUCAGGGAAAAGAGAAACAGGAACGGGUUUCUCUGCCUUUUGGCAAAGGAAUGAGACUACAUUGACUUAAUCUAUGAAGACAACCGCCAGCUAUUUCCUUUGUAAACUGCUAAUUUUGUGUAGUGAGGAAAGGAGUGAGGGGUAUUUAUUUUUAUGGGUAAGACUGGUGUAAGUUCUGCUGAAAGUUUGACACCUUUAGGAUCUUACAUUUUCUUUAAGUAGAGCUAAUAAAAACAGGCUUGUGACUAUUUCUCACCCGAUUUUUAAGUGGAUAUUGAGUUGAACACCACAUAUCCAUGACUAUUAAGGACGCUUUGUGGUGCAGUUUGACAAAGACUCUCCUUGACCAAACAUUGGUCAGGUCCUGAAUCCUCUUCUCACCCAGGCCUCCACCUUGGUCCCCAUUCUUGCUAGGCCUAUAUAGCCCAGUUUUAGUAAGAAUCCUCCUAAGUCAGUUUAGAGAGACUCCUCCAUCCUCAGUAUCUAUGAAAUUUCUCAUCCUUUACUUUUGAUGUUUAAGUCCUUGGCCUCUGUUCAACGAGAAACUGUUAAGUUCAUUUUGCAAAAACUCCCCUACUCUAGGUAGCUACCUCUUAGUAAUUUUCUAAUCACUCACCCCCUCACUCUGCCUAUUAGUUAUAAACCCUGACAUGUUCUGGUUUUAUUCAGAGUUGAGUCCAAUCUCUCUCCUCUGCUGUGGUAGUUUUAAAACCUAUCACUAUAGACCUGAAUAAAGUCUUCCUACCUUAACAAGUGUCAGAAUAGAUUUUUCUUUAACAAGUUGAAGCAUGAACUUGAGAAUCUAGAGCAGGAGUCCACAAAGUAUGGCCCGUGGGCCAUAUUCAGCCCACUGCCUGUUUUGGUACCACUCAUGACUGAAAAAUAUGUUUUACAAUUCUGAGUGAUUGGAAAAAAAUCAAAAGAAGAAUAAUAUUUAGUGACCCAUGAACCUUUUAUGGCAAUCAAAUUUCAGUGUCCAUAAAUAAAGCUACACUGGACUACAGCCAUGCCCAUUUGUUUCUGGGUUGUCUGUGGCUGCUCUUGUGCUACAAUGGCAGGGUUGAGCAGUUGUGAUGAACCAUGUGGCUCACAAAGCCUAAAAUAUUUAGCAUCUGGCCCUUUGAGAAAAUGUUAGCUGCCCCUGGUCUAGAGUAGGUAAAAGGCUGAGGUUGGAAGCUGCUUGUUCAAAUUCUGUGACUUUGGAGCCAAAUAAUAUGGCUCAUUGUACAACUCAUUGUGAAUUGCUUCAGUACUAAGGUUUUGUUUUUCCUUUUUAAAAGUCAGUUUAUACAUGUAAAGGAAAAAAUCUAAGACACCAAAAUAUGUUUUCUGGGUUGGAAUGUUUUAUUUCCAUAUAUACAAUUCAAGAGAGUGGCAAGGAGAAAAGAUAAUGUAUCAUUUUAUUUGAGUUUAGAAUAAAUGAUACAUUUUAUUUAUGAUCA